AUUUGUUAUACGAUACAAUAUACACGGUUGUAAAAUUUGAAUCGGCGAUUUCCUUCCGCGAAUGCCUGGUGCGCUGGAAACUGCUUUAUAGAGACGGGCAGGUUGUUUUAAUGUUUGUCAAAAACAUCUGUGCAUAAUAGCUGCGGGUGGAAAUCGGAAGUCCAGUGUUUACACGCUUUGUUCCACUGUACUUUGGAUUCGGAGACAUCCUUAUUGAGUCUGUCAGCUUCCAUUCGGCUGCUGUUGCUACUCUCCGCUGGAAAUUUGUAGUUCCAACCAUUUGAAGCUGCAUUUAUUUUUCUCCAUUUGGAACCAGCUGAUGAAGUAAAGGGAGCUGAUACCAUGGCGCGUUCCGGCCUGCGAUUAUGUACCAUUGGGAUCGUCGUGCACAUUCUGAUCAGUUGCCUGUGCAUCCAGAAUGCUCGGGCAGGUUUCUUUAGCUUCAUCAGUGAAAUGGCGCAAAGUGGCAACAAGAAUUCCAAAGCUCCAUCCUCACCCACCAGCGGCAAUGCUAACAGCGAAAUGACCGUACAGGACGCGGGCGACGACGAUAGCGAUCCCAAAGCGAAUCCCACGGAGCCCCGCGGCGACGAUUUCCCGAAGAUGGUGGCCGGGGCGAUUAAAUCGGUGAUGGAAUACGAAGCUGUGAAAAAGGAUGCGGCCAACGAUAAACGUCCAACUUCAGUAUUCUACGAAGGAUUAGGCAUGUACUACAGAUGGUUUUACCGAAAUGGCACCCUUUCCAAUCUGAACAAACUGCCGAUGGAUCCCAAACAGAUGGGCACGAAAUUUCUGCUUUACACUCAGCAGAAUCAGUUGCAGCCGGAACAGCUGGAUUACACUAAUCCAGCAACAAUUCAACAGUGCAGCUUCCGUGCCGGUCUACCCACGGUGGUCAUUACGCAUGGCUUCAAAACGUCCAAGGGUCAAGCGGGACUGCAAUGGGUUAUGCUGUUCGUUGAUGCUCUUUUUCGCCGCCUUGGCCAAGGUAACUACAUUGUUGUGGAUUGGUCCAAUGGAGCACAGGCUCCAGACUAUUGGUUUGCGGCCGCUAAUACACAGUUAGUGGGGGCUCAGUUAGCCAAAAUUAUUGAGUUGCUGAGUCAAAUUAAACAAGCCCCACUGAGCCAGUUCUCCUUGAUGGGAUUUUCUCUCGGCUCUCACGCAUCGGGGUUUGCCGGAAAACGACUGGCUCAUUUGGGGAAAGUUCAAAGAAUUUUCGGAAUUGACCCUGCAGGACCGAUGUUUGAGAAAGCCGAUCCAGGUGGACGUUUAAGCAAAGGGGAUGCCGUAUUGGUGGUGGCGGAGCAUGGUAGUGCCGAUGGAUUAAAGAACGGCGGAUUGGGGAUUUGGCAGCAAAUUGGUGAUGUUGACUUUUAUGCGAACGGCGGAAAGGAACAACCAGGAUGUGGAAACAUGGUGUCGGCAACCGUUAACCAGCUCUUACAUCUUAAUUUCAAGGGCAUACCGGAAGCCAUGCGCUGCAACCAUGAUCGCAACUGGAUGUAUAUUCUGCAGUCCUUUGAUCCGCAGUGCCAGUACAUGGCCACGCCGUGCGAUAUCUUCAACCAUAUUUCCAAUGGGCAGUGUUCGGCGAAAGCGAACGAUCCAGAUCAGCCCAUGGGCUUUUUCGCCACUAACCAACCCUCUGCUCGGCCCAUGUUUUUCAGCACAGUGGACGGUGCUGUUAGGCAGACAUCCUGUCAAAACCAUGUAAAAAUCAGCAUCCAGUCGGUUAAACAAUCCCGUGCAACGCGGGGCAAUUUCAUAAUAUCGUUUAUCGACGACAAGGGAGCGGAAUCUACGCCUUUUGUUAUCGCACAAGACGGUCGUGUUCCUUCGGGAAAGCAGGCCUUUCUUUUAGUUCGCUCGGCAGUUCCUCCAUCAAGUAUUAAGCAGAUCAAAGUGACUUUCCAGCGCCUUUGCAAUUCGAAUGUAUGCAACGCCGACACCAUUAAUCUCUCUGCCGUGACCGUCGCGAAUGUGAACAAUGACGUUGUAAUGACCUAUUGCGGCGGCGGAGACCUUGUGAGCGAUCAGCCUAAAUUGAUGGAUCUGCGAUCUUCAAAGUCGAGUUCCUGUGGGCGAAACGGGUAGCUUUGAUUUGCUCGCCUUUACCGCGCCGCUUGUUGCAGUGGCCGCCCGCGAUAUUUGUAACCAACUUCCUCCGAGUAUUGCUUUCAUGACAAAGUUUCUGCCGCAAAGAAAGUGAUUUUAAAUACAUAGAACAGAGACUCAACUAUACACUGUAGUUCGGCGUGAAAUUUUUUAUGUUUACUCCUUCUUUGGGCUUUUAUUUAAGCAAUGGUUUUUGUUGUUUUACUCUUUUAGACCAACAAGCCUGCAAAUAAAGUGCAUUAUGUGUCA